AUGCUGCGGCGAACAUUCCUGCGGCGUGUGUGGCUUGGCGGCACGGCGACGGCGACGGCUCUCGGCCACGAUGUGCGGCCGGCCGUCGGUAAAUACAUCAACGUCGUGCCGCCCACAGACAUCGCGGCCGGCGCUGUGCCGCCAGAGGCAAAUGCCGCCGCCGUGCUGCCCGUCCCACACACACGAUAUGGAAAAUGGAACCGGGCACUGCGAAGUGAUAUUUACGAUGAAUUGUUAAAACUACCAUUGCGGUUUAAACUUCACGACUUUUCUAAACUUUGCCCUACAGAAAAAGAAGAAAAAGAAGAACAACAAGAACAACAACAAGGAAGUCAGUUUGGGGUGAUUGGUAGGGGAACUGUGGUGGGAUAUUAUCCACCACUUGGCCCGGCAGAUCCACUUGAUACGAUUCCCUUCUUUGUGCACCGCAAUAGUAAUGGUAUGUUGCCUGGGAAAGUGUAUUCUAUGAACCCGCGAAAUCUGAUGCCGGCAUUCUAUUUACGUAUUCAGGGUGUAGAAGGGGAUCUCUUCCGCUUUGAGGAGGAACUGAUGAAGAUUUUUCCGACAAAAAAGAUAUUUGUGCGUAGUCACUCUAUCUAUGUCUACAAUGUAGGACUUGACGGGAGAAUGAUAUUGCAUCAUUGGCUUUUGGGUUUAGGCUUUUGA